AUGGUUUUACCUUAAAGCAAACAGAGACUUUACAUCGUAGCUAUCGCGCCCACCAUAAUGCAUAAGUCGCCGUGACUAUUAGUCGCACUGUGAAGACGCCCAACACGCCGCGACACCUCCAACUAUCCCUUAAGCUGUUGAGCAACGAUUGAGAACGAGUUCGCACCUGUCACUUGUGACGCAUCCAGCCAGACGGAUAGGCAAAGCCAUUUGCGCUUCCCGUUACGAAGGCCGUAUACAGCCACAAGCUACACGCUUCAACCGUUAAGGACGGAACGCGGAGCCGUUGUAGUGUUUAUACAUUAUCCUUAUGGCCUUCCUGCCGCAAAAACGCGCACGGCCAGCUGAGGUGCAGGUGCCUGAACAGCAACAUGACGAAAGCGCGGUCAACCCGUCUGCGAGUGUUAUGCCACAUUGCAGCAGCAUUUAUCCCUAUCUAAGCCGUGGCUAUGAGAGCUGCGUGAUACCCGGGUGGGCUGCUGUUCAUCCGGCGAUGGUCCGCCAUCUGGAGGAUUUCCAACAGCAAAAUCCGUUGCCACUCCGAGAACCGCGUCCAGACUUAUUUGCACAUAACGAAAUGGAACAUGCGGAGCGGCGGUACGCGACAGUAACUUGCGCUGACUCCGACCAAGUGGCGCACGAUGGCGGAACCGCAUUUAAGCGGCGCAAUAUCCCAUCAACUACGGAGCACCUUUUUGGCGCAAGCCUCCCGCUGACGUGUCCGCACUAUGACAUGGAGCAGCCGUCGGCCCAGGCUUUGCGUCAAGCCACCGCAAGUGACGUUGAGGAGCAAGCGCCCAGGCUGUCCACGGACCAGCAGCCCUCCAGCCCACCGUCACCUCCAUCAUACCCAGAGUUCUUUUCAGCGCUCCCACAACCGGAGCGACAGGUACCUUUUAAGGAGCCCAAGUUCCCAGGCCGCAUGCCUGUCUGUGCCGCUGUGAGAAGUGGCACGUCACAGCAGCAGCAGGAGGAUGAUAUCGACAGUGCUGCAGCUGUUGCUGCCGCGGCUGCUCUGCUACACAUGCGAAAUGCCGCAGCCAGCCCCCACGGCGGCAAGGGCUCCAACUGCAGCUCCCUGGGAGGAGCAUCGGGAAGCUUCUCCUCACUUGAAGCGGAAAACGGCAUGGGUGACGCUGGCAUACAGCAGGACUGGGUCGAGGAGGAGCUUCCCUUCCGCUUCGUGCCACGUGGGCCACGUUCCGCGCCUCACCGCCCACGCACCGCGCCUUCGCCAGCCCACCUGGCUCGCCUGCGGGUGAUCGCGCUGGGGUUUGCUUCCCCUCUGUCCCACCUCCCAGCCCAUGUCCUCCCAGCGGGCGCUUUCAAGGCGGCUGCGCCCAACGGCGCAUCCUGUGUCAAUCGCGCUGCCGCCGCGGCUGCAGCCGCAGCUGCUGCUGCGGCAGAGGCGGAGGCGCAGCUGGCAGCAGCCAUGCAGGUGGCUGCUUCGCUUGCGUCCACGUGCACUGCUCGGCCACAGGGCCUCUCACUGCCAUCCUGGCCUGCAUCUGCAGCAGAAGGGGACGUCCCGUGCGCAACGGCAGCCCUGGUUUCUGACGUUGGAGUGAGGAGGGGCAGCGGGAAUGGCAGCGCCGCGGCUCCUACAGCACCGCAGCAGGUCCUUAAGCUCAUCCCGCUGCAGCAAGUUGCGCAUACGGCGGCAGAAUCACAGAAGACACUGGCCAUGCGUCCGUCUGGAGCAGUGCAGGAGACGCCAACGCUGCUGCAACGACGCCAGUGCCCCAAGAUGCAGGAGCGCUACGCCACUCGUGUGGACGCCUGCGGCCGCCACAUGCAAGAAGACUCCCCGCUGACAUCUCCCUUUGCUACUGCGGCGGCUGCGGACUCCCCGCGCAAGUACGCCCCGCCGCGGGAGGGUUCAGCUGGCGGCCUACAAGCGACAUGCCUUGCUGCCCGAAGUGGUGGUGGCCCGGCGGAGGCCGGCUGCCCUACCCUCGGCUUCAACCUUGCGCCAUCCCCCCGCACUGAGGUCCCGCAACAGCCCCAAGCCAGGCGCACCAUCAUCCCCACGGCACCCGCGCCUGGGACCGGCGGCCUCUCCUCGUCCUUCCUUUCCGCCGCCUCCUUGUCCGAGCCGUACCUCCCACCGCCUCAGGAUGUGAGGAGGGACGUGGCUCUUCGUCUCCGGCCCAGUCCUCCUCUGCAGGAGCGGCAGCAGCAGCAGCCACAGAGCCAGUGGGAGCAGCAGCGCCAGCAGCAGGCAACUAGGCCCCAGGCCUCGGCAGCCCCGAUCACGGACGGCGGGUGUUCCGCUCCCGUCGGAGGCGGUGAUGAACGGUGUGGCUCAGGACGGGACAUGACGCUGUCGCCCCCACCGGCACAUCCACGUCAGCAAGCGCAGCAGCACCAGCAGAUAUUGUUGCGGCUGCAGGCACUUGUGGAGUCCAACCGCGCUGGCCUGCAGCAGCAGCAGCAGCAGCCAGAGCAGCAGCGGCGGGAGUCAGGGGGCCGUGCAGGGGACCGUGUCGAGCAGAGGGUCGAGCGUGAGGAGUGGGGACCCGAGCACCACCAGCAGCCAGUGAUGCUACCCCCGCGCGGUAGCAUCUGCCUGAGGCUGCCGGAUGGCCGGCUAGUGUUUCUGCCGGUGGUGAAGGAGCAGCAGCAGGAGCCAGAGCAGCAGACCGAUGAGGUUUGCAUGGGUCGUUAUGGCGGGCAUUCAGAGGGGAUCGAGCUGCGCGCGUCAGGCUUUGGAAGCGGUGGUGGUACAGCCGCGGCGGUGCCGGCUGCAAGCAAGGAGCCUCCACGUCUCAUGCGACCUGGCGGGGCUACUCCUGAUUGGGAUGCGGGUGAGGGGCGUGAAAGUGGUCCAUUCUCCUACACGUCCAUGCCGCCUCACAGCGUGCAGCAACAUCAGGUGGAGCAGGCGCAAUGGGACUAUGCGAUGCGUCGUACGCCCCCACCGCACCCGCACCCGCAGCAGCCUCUGCUCCCGCAGCUGGACGAACAGACGCACCUGGACCGUUUAACGCAACUCCGGCUGGUGCUCGCAAACACGCUACGUAACAGCGGCAGUGACGGCAGGGAGGAGGGGCAGCGCGUGCAGCAAUCACAUGGUUUGCACCCACUGCAACAACAGCAGCAGCAGCACCAUCAGUACCGCACGCAUUGCUACCAGCAUGGGGUGGAGGAGCUUGAGCAACUGCAGCAGCAGCAGCUGUGGGCGUCGAGGGAGGCAGAGGCAUGUCUGGCGGUCAAGCGGCUGGCUUUGGCAUCGACUACCCUCCAGCAGCACUACCGCUAGCAGCAGCAGGGGCCACCUGCGGAUGCGUUGCUUGCCGUAUCUGAUUCCGCAUGUGGGUUGUCUGGCGGCUGCUGGGAGGGGCGGGCUGCAAGGAGCUGCGUGAAAGUACCACCAGUCGUCCCAACUGAAGCAGGGAUGUGGUAUGUAAAGGACCAGGUUCACGCGACGUGGUGACGGCAACAGACGAAAAGGUGUUUGAUGCUUAAUGCAUGAUGUCCGACCCAUGGGUCAUAACUGCCUUCGAGAUGGAUAACUGUGCUUGGCGGAUAAGCUGUGGGGCCUACGGUGGUGGGCAGGAGUGGCAAGGGCCGGUACUGCAAGGUGAAAACGGUUGUGUAAAGCUAAAGCGGGAGAAGACGGCUUCGAUGUAAGAAGGCCCUGCAAGCGUAAGCAAGAGGCAGCGUGUACGGGGAGUCAACGAAGAUUUGGUUUGUUGGCAUUUGGCUGGCAGGAGGGGUUGGAGGCAGGCGGGGACGGUGAAGGAGGCGCCUGCUCUUGCGUACUGUAAAUCCAUCCAUUUACUGGGGCAGGAAGGAGAGACGCUGCCAUGCAUUGAGAGGGUGGUUUGCUUUUGCUUUGUUCACCCCGCGAUGGGGCAUGGUUUUUGAGCAGUUUUGGGCCUCUCCAUGCGAGUGUAACGGCUUAUUAGGGGUUAUCCUAACUGGGUUUUAGUCGAUUUGCGGGCCUUAAAACGCUGCCAUACAUACACUAAGCAGUGUGCCCAGUAUGCCUCUUUCGUUUCGUUUGGUGUACCCUUCCCAGUGUCGUCCUGCAACCGCUGUGACUGCGGGUGCUCCAAGCCCGCGACAUCGCGCUGUGAAGGCGCCGCGAAUGCACAUCACAUGUACCAGUACCGUGAACACUUUGCGAGUUGCUGCAAGUAAAACCCUUGGUAAGCGCUUUAUUUGCGUAUGCUGGGGCUAUGCUUGUUGCCUAUGCCACGUCUGUUGGUCAUGCAUGUUGGGUACGGCACAUUGGCCGUCAGUGAACGGUUGGUUGUUCCGUUGUAGAUCCAAGUAGAUUAAUCUGUCAGCCGCUCCGUCAGCGGCCAUGUUGGAUUCUGUGCCCCGCCAUUUCGUACCGUAGUCCUUAUGGACCAAAACCUUCCUUAACCAUGCCAGUAACGGAUUUUGGUGUAAGCCUUCGUGUUCGUGCCGACGGACUUGUGAAACACAAAUGUGUUUGGUUGUAGGUUACAGGUAUGCUCGACAACCUCGGGCUUGCCAUUGGUUUGCGACUUGCCAGACAUUUUCGUUGUAAGUGUCUUCCCAGCAAACGUCAUCUGGUCUCUUUUGCACGUAUGUGACCUUCCUCAGACGUGCUGUGGUCCUUUUCCCUGCGUCUCAAACGCUGUCUGGUUGCUCUCCGUAAGGUCCCACAUGCACGUUGUAGGCAAGAGUAGGGCAAUGUUGCGGCACACAUGAGCCACACGUGACAAUACACACGCAGAUGUUCUGUGUCGAACGUUCCAUAUGUAUUGUUCUAGGAGGCUUCUGGAAGGAGCUUUGCUGACGGUGUGGAAUCGUACUUUUCCUGAAGCUUCACUGAUGUUUCCUGAUACCUAUGUACGACUGUUCGAGCCACACUUCUAGGUUCUCGCUGGUGCUGGUACGGUAUCAUCAAGACCGUCCAGUACACGGGAGUAAGAACGGUACAAAGAACUUUUUCUGAAGGGUCAUGCCCCUUUUGGACGGCGUUCAUAGACACGGCGUUCGUAGACACGGCUCUGCACUGCUCUCCCUGCCAUUUCCUUUGCGGCGUCCCGACGAGGCGUCUAAAAUGGUUGAGCUGGCCGACAGGGGGCUUGACGCAGGGAAACUGAGUGCAUGAAGCGGCGGCUUGAGGUAUACCGGUACACCGGUAGCAGAUGUCAGAGGGAAGAAGCCUAGCCACAGGCUGCGCCGGUUGUGAUGAUAUACACAUUCUUUGAGAUGUUGUUGGGCAAACGCGUGUGGCACUCAACCACUCACCGUGAGGGAUUGCUGUUUGACGUCUUUCAGGCCGCAUGCUGGCUACUGCCGGCUGGGCAUGCCGGUCACUUCGCAAGAUCAACAAGGAGAAGUACGAUACCGUUACACUGCGUUACUGUGGUUAUCCUAUCCGCCACCGUACGGCAUGCCGCCGCCUCCCUACGGCAUGCCGCCCCCGCCAUCAAUGCCGCCGCCACCGGGCUACGGCAUGCCGCCGCCGCCUGAAGGGUACGGCAUGCCCCCGCCGCACGGCAUGCCGCCGCCACCGCCGCCCUCAUACGGCAUGCCCCCGCCUCCGCCGCUGGGCAUGGGGCCUUGCAGUGCCAGUAGUCACUUGUGAAGGGAUUAUGGACCCGUACAAUGUAUUUGACUUUGUGGAGCGUCGGCUGUACUAAGGGGGAAGCUUACGCGCGCGCUAGAAAAUGGUUGCUUGACACAGCUCGUACACCUUGCUAACAGUUGCCUGGUGCUGUUAAUCCGCCGGAUUUCGGGCCUUAUACUGACACGCUUGCGGGCUGCUGUGCGGAGGUUGCGUGAUGCCAACAGUGCCUGGUCGGCACGCGGCGUCGCCAGGUGGUAGCUCCAGUUGCAGG